AACACGUGGAAAGCUUAAAAUGUUAUGUCGAUUGAAGGGGAAAUUGAAGCAGCCUUUACAUUUUGGUGACAGUCAUCCCUCCGUGCUCUCUAAUGGCUUCAGUAAAGCAAGCCCUAGGUGAUCUGAACAAGGAGAGGUUUGUGUCACUUUUAAGAAAGCUGAUCGGCGAGUCGAAGCACGUUCAGAACAACCCACCCGAGUUAAUCCCGGAGGAGGACAGGAUAGUGAAACACGUUCUUGACUCCCUCCUCCCUUACAGCACCGCCAGCGGCGGCGGGCCACUAGUUGUAAACCAUGUUGCCUAUAAGUCCAACCGGGGCAACCUUAUCGUCGAGUACCCCGGCACCCAGCCAGGAAAGAUUCUGUCUUUUGUGGGAAUGCACAUGGACGUUGUCACAGCCAAUCCUUCCGAUUGGGAUUUUGAUCCCUUUUCCUUGAGCAUCGAUGGUGAUAAACUUUGUGGACGGGGAACAACUGAUUGUUUAGGUCAUGUUGCUCUUGUUGCCGAACUUAUGAGACAAUUGGGAGAAACAAAACCACAGUUGAAGUCGACUGUGGUGGCUGUCUUCAUAGCAAGUGAAGAGAACUCAUCUAUCCCAGGGGUUGGUGUGGACGCUUUAGUUAAAGAUGGGUUGCUUGACAAGUUGAAGGAUGGUCCUCUGUUCUGGAUCGAUACAGCUGAUAAACAGCCUUGCAUUGGUACCGGUGGCAUGAUACCAUGGAAAUUUAAUGUCAUUGGCAAACUUUUCCACAGUGGUUUGCCUCAUAAGGCUAUUAAUCCACUAGAGUUGGCGAUGGAGGCGUUUAAAGAAAUCCAGUUGCGUUUCUACAGAGACUUCCCUCCUCAUCCUAAAGAGCAAAUUUAUGGAUUUGCAACACCAUCAACCAUGAAACCAACACAAUGGAGUUAUCCAGGGGGUGGUAUCAAUCAAAUACCAGCUGAGUGCACCAUUUCAGGAGAUGUUAGGUUGACUCCAUUUUACAGUGUAUCUGAUGUGAUGAAAAAGCUUAAAGACUAUGUUGAUGACUUGAAUGACAACAUAGACAAACUUGAUACAAGGGGGCCUGUUUCAAAAUAUGUCCUGCCUGAUGAAAACCUUAGGGGCAGAUUAAGUAUCAGUUUUGACGAGGCAUCAUCAGGAGUUGCUUGCAACCUUGAUUCCCGUGGAUUCCACGUAUUGUGCAAAGCUACUGAAGAAAUAGUGGGGCAUGUGAAACCAUAUUCUAUCACUGGUACUCUGCCACUGAUACGAGAACUGCAGGAUGAGGGUUUUGAUGUUCAGACAUGUGGCUAUGGCUUAAUGGAGACAUACCAUGCCAAGAAUGAAUAUUGCCUCCUGACUGACAUGUGCCAAGGAUAUGGUGUCUUUGCCAGUAUCAUCUCCCAGUUGGAAGAAGAUUGAUUGACUACCACAUCUACACACUUAUUGACACUUGACCUCCAAUCAAUGGGUGUCUUGUAUUUCAAUUAUCAGAGGAUUGCCCGAUUCGCCCCAGUUUAUAUGAUUCUAUUACUGGAUAUUGUAUUCACUAAGGCGAUGUAUUUCCAGAAAGAGGUACUUUGAAAUCUUCUAUUGAGAAUGGGAUCUGUUUCAACUUAUUUUCAAAGUAGGGCAUCUUUGUUGUCAUUCAUUUGUCAUUGCCAUCUUUGUUAGUUCAUAGGUGUGCCAUGCUAUCUCUAUUGAGGUCAUUCAUAUAAUCAUCUUAUGUCAUCAAAACCUAACAAAACCACCAACUAUUUUGUGGAUCAAUUAUCACAGCUACCAAAGUCCUGC